AUGUUAGUAUUGAGCAUUUCAGAGCUGAACAAAGUGUACGGCUGUGUUGUUACUCGUGCUGACCACAUGGUAGCCAAGAAUGGGAGCCCAUUCGAUAAGGCCGAGUUCGAGAAACAUCCUGAACGUUACACUUCAAAGUUUGCCACUGAGAUAGCUCCAUAUGCCACCGUUAUUAUCAAUGGAGUUUAUUGGGAUGCUCGAACACCACGACUGAUCACAAUACCCGAUGCCAAGCACCUACUCACUCCUGUGCAUAGGUAUGACAUGCCCGGCUGUCCAACGUUGCCUCAUCGGCUUGUCGCUAUCUGCGACAUUUCUGCGGAUCCAGGAGGUUCGAUUGAGUUCAUGGCAGAAUGCACCACAAUCGACAAGCCGUUCACGAUCUACGAUGCCGAUUUCCAUACUACGAGUGAUAGCUUCGAUUCUCCUUCCGGUUGCCUUGUGUGCAGUAUCGACAACAUGCCAGCACAGAUGCCUUUGGAAGCCACCUCACAGUUUGGUGAUUUACUCUAUCCGUACAUCUUCGACAUGGUGAGUAUCAUUAUCGUGCUGGUGAUAAGAUUCCUUAUUCUCCUAAGAAAACCAUAG